ACGGAGAAGUUGCGUCGACAUCUAUCGGGUUGUCGUCUGUCCGUGAGUGGAAGAAGGUAGUGGUGUUAAAAAUUGCAAUAAAAUAAUAUAAUUGUGGCAAUAUUUUUUCCAUUUUGGCCGUAUUCAAUUAUUCCAGUGUUCAUGAGUCUCAAUAUUUUGUUUCCAAUACUCCAUGGCUCGGUAGGUGGGGAACCGUAAACAGAUGAUAGUGUUCUAAAGCCGUAUGACAAGAAGAGAUUGUUCAGCUGAAAAGUGUGAAAAGAAGAAAGUCAAAAUGAUGAAAAGCGGGCUUCCGAAAAAGGAGGGGAAGAUGCGAAUCAGGGCUUUCCCGAUGACAAUGGAUGAGAAGUAUGUGGAGAGCAUUUGGGCUUUACUGAAAAAUGCAAUACAGGAAAUACAGAAGAAAAAUAACUCAGGUCUCAGUUUUGAGGAACUCUACAGAAAUGCUUACACUAUGGUACUUCAUAAGCAUGGUGAGCGUCUGUAUACUGGACUGAAGGAAGUUGUGACACAGCAUUUAGAGUCAAAGGUUAGAGAAGAUGUCUUGAAGGCUUUACAUAACAACUUUCUCCAGACAUUAAACCAAGCAUGGAAUGACCACCAGACAUCCAUGGUGAUGAUCAGGGACAUAUUAAUGUACAUGGAUCGUGUGUAUGUUCAGCAAAAUGAUGUAGACAAUGUAUAUAACCUUGGGCUCAUCAUUUUCAGAGAUCAGGUGGUCCGAUAUGGCUGUAUAAGGGAUCAUCUUCGUGAAACAUUAUUAGACAUGGUUAUGCGAGAGAGGAAAGGUGAGGUGGUGGAUAGAAUUGCCAUUAAAAAUGCCUGUCAAAUGCUCAUGGUGCUUGGGAUCAACAGUAGGUCUGUUUAUGAAGAGGAUUUUGAGAGACCAUUCCUUCAGCAGUCAGCAGAGUUCUAUAGAUUGGAAAGCCAGAAGUUCCUUGCUGAAAACAGUGCAUCCGUGUACAUUAAGAAAGUAGAAGCUCGAAUAAAUGAAGAAGCAGAGAGAGCAAAACAUUAUCUAGAUGUUUCAACAGAACCAAGGAUUGUAGAAGUUGUUGAAGAGGAGCUAAUAAAGAAACAUAUGAAAACAAUUGUGGAGAUGGAGAAUUCUGGUGUUGUUCACAUGCUGAAGAAUCAGAAGACUGAAGAUCUAGCAUGUAUGUACAAACUGUUUAGCAGAGUAACAGAUGGUCUUAAGACGAUGGCUGAUUGUGUAAGUCAGUACCUGAGAGAGCAGGGCAAGGCUCUUGUUCAAGAAGAUGAGGGAGGAACCAAUGCCAUCAAUUUUGUUCAGAAUCUACUUGACCUCAAAGAUAGGUUUGAUCAUUUCCUCCAUAAUUCUUUCAACAAUGAUAAGAUCUUCAAGCAGAUGAUAGCAUCAGACUUUGAACAUUUUCUCAACUUGAAUCCCAAGUCACCGGAGUACCUCUCUCUCUUCAUUGAUGACAAACUGAAGAAAGGGGUAAAAGGAAUGACAGAACAGGAAAUUGAGAUGGUGCUGGACAAGACUAUGGUCCUGUUCAGAUUCUUGCAAGAGAAGGAUGUGUUUGAACGCUAUUACAAACAGCACUUAGCCAAGAGGUUAUUGCUGAAUAAGUCUGUGAGUGAUGACAGUGAAAAGAACAUGAUCUCUAAGUUGAAGACUGAGUGUGGUUGCCAGUUCACCUCAAAGCUGGAAGGUAUGUUCAAGGACAUGACAGUAUCCAAUACAAUAAUGGAAGAAUUCAAAGAUCAUGUUUUAACAUCAGGGACAAAUUUGCAUGGUGUGGAUUUAAGUGUUCGAGUUCUUACAACUGGCUUUUGGCCAACACAAAGCGCCACACCAAACUGUAGUAUUCCUACUGCUCCUCGUAAUGCAUUUGAGGCAUUCAGGAGAUUCUACCUUGCAAAACACAGUGGUCGACAGCUAACGUUGCAGCCGCAGUUAGGUUCCUCAGACUUAAAUGCGGUUUUUUAUGGACCACGUAAAGAGGAAGGUGAGGGCAAAGAUGGGGCUAGUUCUUCAACGAACUCGGUGUCUGUAUCAUCACAGCGAAGCAGUGGACCUCGUAAACACAUCAUUCAAGUAUCGACGUAUCAGAUGUGUGUUCUCAUGCUUUUCAACAACAGGGACAAGCUCAAUUAUGAGGAAAUCCAGAGUGAAACAGAUAUACCAGAAAGAGAUUUGAUCCGUGCCUUGCAGUCUUUAGCUAUGGGAAAAGCUACACAGAGGAUCCUAAUUAAAACCCCGAAAACAAAAGAUAUUGAGCCAAACCAUAUAUUUUUUGUGAAUGACUCUUUCACUUCAAAACUUCAUAGAGUAAAGAUCCAGACAGUUGCUGCAAAGGGCGAAUCUGAGCCUGAGCGCAGGGAAACCAGAAAUAAAGUGGAUGAGGACAGAAAGCAUGAAAUUGAGGCUGCUAUUGUCAGGAUAAUGAAAGCACGUAAACGAAUGCCUCAUAAUGUAUUGGUGGCUGAAGUGACAGAACAACUGAAGAGUCGGUUUCUGCCAUCCCCUGUUAUCAUAAAGAAACGAAUAGAAGGACUUAUAGAAAGAGAAUACCUAGCAAGGACACCAGAAGAUAGGAAAGUCUACACAUAUGUCGCUUGAGAAUGCCACCAAGACAUCCAGCAGUGUUUAGCUUCAGAAGAUGAUGUGUGUCAGGAGUAUGGUAUCCUGCAAUUGCAUGUGCUCCAGGCAGUUGCUCAAAUGCUAAGGAGAUGCAAGAAUAUUGCAACAUGCUGUCAUCCCAUCCCACACAUGGUUACUGGCAAAUUACACUCAGAAACUCUCGUUACACUCAAGAUUUAAUAGCUAAAUAUAAAUAUUUAAAUUAUUCCUAUUAACGAAUUCUACAUUUUAUGUGUUUUUUCAUUAAUUUCUUUUUUAUUUUGCCGUGUUUUAGUUGAAUGAUUAUAUCUGUUUUCAGAAAGUUAAGAACAUUGAAGAAUAAAGUAUGUCUUGUACAGUUAAUACAGCACAUGAGUUUUUUUUUUCUCCUGUUGUGGUUUGGAUUCAAUUUCUGACUGUGAUAAGAAUUAGGUAAUUGUAUAUGUACAGUCACACAUUAGGGUAAAGAUUACAACUGCAUAUAAUAUGUUCAUGAAAUGCAGUUGUGUAACGGCAUAUGGCAGGUGACAGCAGUGAGCCCAGCAGUUUGCCAUUGGUGUUCUGAUCCUGAACAGUUAAAGCCCCUUGUUAACGUGGAACAGAAGAGGAUGUAAGGUCUUUAUAUCCAGGUGUUCUGUUUAUAAUUGAAAACCAAGACUUAGUGGGAAUUAAUGGUGGAAGACUGGGCUGUGAAGUAGAAGUGUCUGAGUAGCCGUAUUACAGCCUGCUUUCAUCAGUGGUCGCAUUUUGAGUGAAUGUUACCAGUGAAGAUUUUUUUUUAAUUGUGGACACUGACUAAGAGUUACAAAGUGAUCAGUUAGGCCUUCUGUCUGAGAUCUGCUAAUUUCUUUUAUUUUGAGCUUUUUUUGGUGACUGGAAAUGUUAGAUUUCUGUCAGUCUUCUUCAUUUCGGAUACUUUCUACCAGAAUAUUAGAUGAUAUUUUCAAAUACUCUAUGUGGCAGUAUGCCAAGUCCAUACCCUUCCAAGGACAAAGCAGUAAGGUUUUAUAAUCUACACCUCUCCAUUGAAGCAGCAGAGGUGUCUUCAUGGAUGUUCGUUCUUCAUUUUUGUUUCAUGAAUAUAAAUACAAAUCUGAGAAAACGACUUCUUAUGCUGGUGUUUUAUUACUUGUAGCAGAACAGAGAAGUUGACAUAAUUCACGCAAACAGUACAUAAAAAUUCAUAACGAUUAAUGACAUCUUAUAAGAAAAGUGAUGUAUUGGUAAUUUAUUGUUCACUAUUAAUUCAAAUAAUUCUUUGUAAUAUCAUUUGUGCGUAAACUGAGCAAGCUUAUUUUUUAAUUGUUCCAAUAAUGAACAAUUUUAUUAUAAAUAAUUGGGUCACAGUUAAAAUGAGUAUGUUACAUGAAGUUUUGUUUUGCCCAGUGUUUAGUAAAUGUGAUGAGCCCUACUUGUUUAGUAAUAUUGUACUUAUGAGUGAAUAAUUCUACUUCACAAGGUUUGUAAAGAAGCAGGUAUGGUUUUGGUGCAUUGAAAUAUAAAAUUAUGUAAAAAACAUGCACACUUAUGUUUUGGUAAAAAUAAGAAUGUAUUGUAUGUGUUUCAAAAGAGUGUUUAACUAUUGUUUUCUGGUAAAUUUGUUUUUCUUGGUAUGAAUUGCGGUAUCAAAUUAUAUGCAGUUGCUUUUAGUUUAAUACUUUGAACAGAAGAAUAGAAGAAUUCUUAUUGAAAUGCAGUGGAACCACAGUGAAAUGAGUAUGGCUUAUAACAGCAUUCAUUAUAAUGAGUAGAAAAUACGGGUACCAGUUUCUUAAUGUUAUGUAUAUGAAAAAAUCUCAUAGAAUGAGGGCGUUUUUCUGGCAUUUUCAUGAUAAUGAGUGAUUCCAAGCCAGCUGCAAUGUAUUGUGUGAACUGUAAUACAGGUUUGCUUCCCAAGUAAUUUAUUGCUGGAGGUUAUUAAAUCAUAUCCAGUACCACUCCCUUGUUUGGAAGAAAAAUGUAUGAAAUCCAAAAUCUGAGAGAUGUAUGUCUGAAUAGGGAAUUAAUGCAUCUCUGAUGUAGAAGUUCAUAGUAUGCAUGUGCAGAGCCGUUCUGAUUCACAGCUGAAAAUGACUGGCUGAUGGUUGCAAGUACGAGAGGUUAUGUGAGUUAUGUGAGCAUGAGAAAAUGUAUACAUCAUGAAUGAUGAAUUAUUAUUCAUUAUUUUUAUAUCCUUACAUGGUAACCACUUAUGACCAUUUAGGGAAUGUUCACAGAACAUCAGUUUUGAUGCUGUCAGACUGUUAUUUCAUACAGACAGCAUAAAUUAAUUUUGUUUUAAGUAUCCCAAAAUUUCAAUACUUGGUGCAUAGGGCAGAAAAUGUGAGAUGCACUGUAAUAAUGUACAUAAUGGAAGCUGGGCCUGAAGGAUUAUGUAGUUUAAUAAUUAUGAAUGCUUGUCAUAAAAAAACUUUUUUUGAAUUUUGUAAAUUCUCAUUAUUUUGAGGUUGCACUGUAUUUUUAGUAAAUUUUUGCUCAGUAUUAUAUAUUCUGUUACAAGAGGAUUGCAUAAAUCAUUCUACAUGUAGUCCACAAUAUAUAAUAUUUUUUUAUAAAUUAAUUGAAUGCAUUAGGUGGUUCCCUAGCUAAUUUGAAUAUUUGAGCCUGCUAUUCGUCCCAGUUUUAUUUCAUAUAUGUCAUAAACAGCUUAGUAAGUUGAGUUGUAAGUUGGAUGCCAGCUUUAACUUGCAUCAAAAAUGCAGUUUUGUUUUGGAUGUGGAUGGGUGAACAGUACCACUUAUGUUUUAUUCUCAAUAGAUGUCAGCAUUCUUUACAGCAGAAGGAAAUCUUGGAUAAAAUAAAAAUUGUACUCAAAGGUAUGUCUUUAAGAUACAUUUUUCUUAAUAUUCAAAAUACACCUUCAGUCAGAGAGAGAAGAAAUAGUGCUUUAUGUUGCUGUGCAUUUCUAUCUGAUUUUUGCUCUCAUAGAGUAGUUGUAUGCUGUUCCAUAUAACAUUUUCUUAUAAAUUAAGCAUUCAUGUAACAUCAUUUUCUACUUUGAUAUCAAAGCUAUGCCUCUUCUGGUUUGAGGAUUGCUAACUUUGUACUUUCCAAAUGGCUUUGUGAUCCUCAGAACAUAGUAUUAUAAAUAACUGAGGUACUGUUUCUGUGUUGAUACAGAGGCUUAGAGGCACACACCAUUGUGUAGCAGUGAGUUCCUUCAGUCUCUUUUACACUGUGUUUGAUAUUUUGUCUCAUAUAUGAUUGUUGCAAAGGUGAGCCUAAUUCUGUGACUUGGUUCUGAAAUGGAACCAAAGUCAGAUCUUAAUUGUGAGAUUUUCAGGUGUUUUGUGUUUCUUUUACUUCCAAAACUUCUUAUUAUAUAUUUAAAAUGAAAUGAUUUUACCUCCACCAGUCAGUUUUUAGAAUGCAAAAAUUAUUUUUGUCACACAAUUGUAAGAUAUUUUUUCUCUCAGAUAUGUAAUAAUAUGAAUUUUACCAAGACCUUUUUCUUCCAAGCAAGAGACAUAGAUUGUUAGACACAUACUUGACUGAUUUUAGGCAUUUUUUUUUUACUCUUAACAUAGUGGGAUAAAAUUCUAUACGGGGUGGUAGCCCAUCCAGUCCUGUUGCUCUCUGUAAAUAAACUGAUUUUUGUGAAACUUUUUCUUUUGUCCACCAAAGGCAUUCACUUUCCUUGGUGUUCAAAUUGAAUUCUGUGUUUAUACUGUUAAACACUACUGUUGCAUAUAUAUGCUGCCUGUAUUUGUUGGUAGAAAAUUAGUAUUUUCAAUUCCAUGCGCAUUUAAGGUACAGUUAUGUUAACUGACAAAUUUCCAUUUGUUUCAGAUUGUGUGCAUUUUUUAUUUCUCACAAUAUGAUACAGUUUGUUUUCAGAAAAGGUCAUGUUUGAUAAUUCUUUGACCACACAUUCAUCACCUCUAGUAGUGCAGCUGAAGAGUGUAUGGCAAGCAGGAAUAACAGAUAUAGUUUCAUGGAAUGUUUUGAAUUAAAAGUGGGAGGAGAGCAACAGAAGGAAUUUACUCAUAAGAUCCAGAAGACCAGAAUCUAAACACAUGAAAAUUUUAACACAGUGAAAAGCUUGAGACCCGUUGCAGAAAUCAGCAAUCUCCAGGCAUGAAGACCAACAUGUUGAGAAAGUCUUCCGAAGGACCAGAAGGUAGAACAUUUUCUGACAUUGAAAGAGGUUUAGUUUGCUUUUACUAGUUCUGAAUCAGCAGACAUAAUGUUUUACCCAAACCUAAAGAAUACAGUAAGUUGAGACCUCUGAACAUCAUAAGAACAAUGUGUAAUUUGUCAUUUCUUAUGACAUUAUUGUCAGGUUAACAUAAAGUUUUAGUUUUGGUAAGAUAAUUUAUUUGGACAAAAAUAUAUCAACAUGUUUUUUU